AUGGUCAACCCCGCUGAGAUUGAGGACGUGGAGGCACAGGUUGAUGCAGUGAUGAGCAGUUGGGCCGACAGGCCGAGAGACAAGUGGGUUGUGACAGACAGUGAAGUGACACGGAUUCAUGUCAACCCGCGGACGUCGCUGUUCAGCCCUGCAAGAACUGGAUGCCCAGUGCCGCUCAGUCAGCUCAGCAUGGCUCGCAUGACGAUCAUGGAGUACCAGGACGGCGCCACCGAAGAGCAGUUCACCCCGAACUGGAAGAACAGCCUGGAGGCACAUCGGACCACUCCGAAUGUUUGGACUGGCAAGACGGUGUUUUACAAGCUGCAAGAGCAUGGUGAAGACCAAGAAUUCAACGCCAAGGAUUUCAAUGAUGAAGCACUGUUCCGACUCUUCGACCCAGAGGACGAGUUGGACAGAGAGAUCUUUGGAGACGAAUACGCCUAUCAAGUGAUGGGUGUGGAGCAAGAGAUCGAUGAGAUUGCUGAGGCCUUCUUCGCAGAGGCCACCAACCAAGAUGAUGAGGCAUGGACCCUCGUUGACAGCUUGAGCGAGAUCCCGUUCAAGGAGCCAGGCAGCAGUGAAGAGGAAGAAGAAUCACGGUUCCAGGAGAGCAAUUGUGCUCUCAUCCAUGCUGCAGGGUUUGGCAUCCUUGACACCGGUUGUGGCAGGGGCCUGGUGGGUGCAAACACACUGGACAGACAUGUCGCAAAGCUGAAACAACAUGGUUACGACAUUGUUGAACUGCCGGAGAAGAUGCACACCUUCAGGUAUGGAAAUGGAUCUGCUGACCGGACGGGACGAAGAGUGGAGGUACCAGUCUUCGUGGCAGGCAAAGAACUCCGAGUGCGCCUCCACGUUGUUCCAGGAGAUGUGCCUUUGUUGAUCUCCAAGAGAUUGCUCAAGAGUCUUGGGGCCAUGAUUGACCUGAAUGACAACAAGCUGGUCAUGACCAAGGCAGGUGUGGCGGCAAAGAUCCAUGAGAUGAGUGACAACUCGUAUCAGAUCAAUCUGCUGGGCCUGAAGGCAUCGACCAAGGUCACGUCGCCAGAAGUGGAUGUGAUGCAUGUGGGACCAUUUCAUGAAGAGUCGAGCCACGACGAGGAGGAGGACACGGGUGUAUGCUGCACAUUCAAGGCCAAAGAGCGAAAGCAAGUGAUGGCCAACAUGAGCAGUGUCUUGGCACAAAGUUCGGAACCCUCUCCGACAGUCAUGGAGCUCUUCUCGCCUGGUCGAUUCAAUUCGAUGGCAUCGCAGUUUGGCAUGACUGGACGAGGCGCCUUGGACCUGAGUGUAGGUUGGGAUUGGACUCAGAAGGAUCAUCGUAAGAGAGCUGAAGAGAUCGUAGACAUCAUUAGGCGGGAAUUCCAGGUUGGUGAUGAGGUGGCAAUCUGGCGUCGAGGUGCGAAAGCCAUAGCCCUCUCAACCGAAGAAGGCGAUGAGGAUUUUGUACUGCGCAUGGAUGAUGAAGCCGAUCAUGUCUUGCUUGCUGGAGGUGACAAGGACCCUGACCUCAUGUCACUCAUUAGGCAAGUUCGUUUGAGUAGAAAGACUGCUCUGGAGGUUGAUGCUCAAGCCGGAACGAUCGAUUCCACCAAGGCCGAGUCUGCCGCACAUUUUGUGCGGUCAAGCCCCAUAGAACAGAUGGUCAAAGUGGCCGUUGAGAAGAUUUCGGAAGACGAAAUCCGUUCGUUGUUUGAAUGCAUGGUAAGUAGUGUAGUGAUUGAUGGAGAUGCUUACAGCAAGAACCUGCAGCAAACACGUUCGAUGUGCAAAUCCCGAAUUCCAGCGAAAGAAGUCAACAGCAAGAUCUUUGGUGGUGAGGAUACGACCCUGACCUUCACGUACACGAAGAGCACGAAGAUGAUUCAGGUUCAGGGCAGUGCCACCAUGCUGGACAAGGCCGAAGAGACAUUGAAGAGUGUCUUGGAAGUGUACAAGACAGUGUUGCGCAGUGGGGAGGUGCUCCCCCUUCCAGAAGGCUGCAAUCAAUGGGCCGCUGCAAUCAAGGAGAGCUUGGAUAGCGGAUCCACCUCGAAGUUUUUGGAAAGCCAGGCUGAACAUGUCAAGAGUGAGCCAGGCGUGAAGACUGAAGAGAUCAAGCAAGUGACCUUGGUUCCAAACGACGAGGCUUUUGAAGCAGCUGUGGCCGAUUUGUGCAACGAAGGCGCCCGACGCCUGCACAAUUUUCCGGCAUGGCGCAACAAGUUCUUGUAUUUUAUGUUGCAGGAAUUUAAUGCUUCCACGGAUCAGGUUUUGACCCUUUCCGAAUUGACGGAUCUCAUGGAAGAACCCAUGGAUCAGUGGUCAUUCGAAGAGCCUGUCCAUGAAGCAAGGUGUGCUGUCAUCACCUUGGGUGGUAGCUAUGGUGGGAUGCUGGUCGCUUGGUUCCGGCAGAAGUAUCCACACCUCACAGCGGGUGGCAUUGCCUCUUCGGCACCCAUCGACUUCUAUCCUCGCGACGGGCGGCAAAGAGCCUUCUGGGAGGCAACGAUGCACAGCUUCAGCAAGUUUGGGAGCGCCACAUGCCCAAGUGAGUUGAAGACAGCCAUGGAAAAGCUGCAAGAGAAAACGCAAAGCUGUGAAGGCCGAGAAGAAAUCUCUAAGGCUUUAGGAUCUUGUCAGCCUUUGCACAAUGAAACUUCAGCUGGCAGCAAAGUGGACUUCUUCAUUCGUGGUGUUGCCUCCACGCUGGCCAUGUUGGACUAUCCUGUAGCCACCAACUUCUUGACCCCGCUACCAGCCAACCCGGUGAAAGUCGUUUGUGAGGGCUUGGGGCAAAGCCCCGAUGCCUUGUCAGGCUUGCGCAGUCUCCUGGACCUUUUCCUCAAUACCUCUCACGGUUAUCGCUGCUAUGAUUUUAUGGCCGAAAUGGUUGGGCGUCCCACUCAGGGAGACUUAGAGGGCCCUGUGAAGCCACCAGAUAUGGGACACUGGCAGUACCAAGCCUGCAAUGAGAUGCCCAUGCAGUCUUUGACCAGUGACGGCAUGGGUUUCUAUCCCGCAUCCGAUGAUCAGCUUCUAGAGGUGGCUGAGAGUUGCGAAACACGAUAUGGCUUUGCUCCUCGGACCUUUUGGCUUCCGUUGAGCUUUGGCGGGAGCAACUUGCAAGUGGGCCAACUGCUUUUCACCAAUGGAGAGAAAGAUCCGUGGCGUGUGGGGGCUCCCAAGGCUGAGAAGCUCUCAGAGGGACUUGACAUUGUUCAACAUUUGAUUUCAGCUGGAGCUCAUCACGAGGACCUGCGCUUUGAUGCUGAUCCUCCUAAGGCACCGGUGUCGGCGGCCAAGGCGCAAGCGCUGGCGAGCAUGAAGCGUUGGACUGCUCGCUGGACACGUUCGGAACGCGCCGAACGCAUCCGGAGCACUGAGGCUCUUUUUGCUUAA